GAGAAACUGUGCAGGCAACAGUGUUGUGAAAUAUAUAUAUGAAAGAAAAUUAAACAGAAGUAAAUAUUAAAAAAUAAAACACUGUCUUUAUAGUGUAUAGGCUUAUGUAUUGACAUUGUUAAUAAAAAGUAGUGACAGUAAUAAAGGUACGCUAAAAAGUGAAACGAGAUGGAAAAUAAGGAGGAAUCAAAAAUUUCUACCAGGAAGAGACGACUUGGAUCAAAGGUCGUUUUUGAAAUAACUAGAAAAGGGGUACAUUUAUAUGAGCCAGUGAAAUCAGUACCUAGUAUAUUUAUAAUACUAGUUUUGGGAUUAUACAUGCUGCUUGGUUACAUUACACAACUGAUAGAGGAUGACAUGCCAAGAGUUAUACCCGACACUGAAGUACCUAGCGAUAGUUGGGACACAUUCAGCGAAGAAUCCGCCUUAAGGUAUCUGCAGCAGAUAGUUGGCGAUAAACCCCGAGUCGCCGGCACGUCGUAUCAUCUACAGAAGACGAGAGAUAUGUACUCUAUAGUCCAGGAUAUAGCUGGACAGGCCAAGAUACCAGUGAGGACUGAUUGGCAAAUAGCCAGUGGUGAUUAUUGGCUGAACUUCGGAGUGCCAUUCGUGAACUACUACCAAAAUGUGUCUAACAUCAUCGCUGUGUUAGAGGGAGACAGCGGCUUCAGACCUAACGGUGACACUGGGGCGUCACUUUUAGUUAACUGCCAUUACGACUCUGUUCCUUUUGCGCUAGGCGCAUCGGAUAACGCGGUAUUCUGUGCGGUGAUGGCGGAGACGCUGCGCCGCCUCACGCAGCGCACGCGCAAGUUUAGGCAUAACAUUGUCUUCCUGUUCAACGGCGCCGAAGAGAAUCCUUUACAGGGAAGUCACGCGUUCCUUCAACACCCGUGGGCGGCAGGAGUGACAUCUGUCAUUAACUUGGACGCUGCCGGCAUGAAUGGGAAACCAUCGGUAUUCCAGGUAACAGACAGUCGCAUCCUACGCGCUUACCAACGUGGUACAUCGCGGCCCAGUGCUCAGGCCGUGGGUGAGUUCCUGUUCUCGUCGGGAAUCAUCCCCUCCGAUACAGACUUCAGGGUAUUCCGUGAUUUUGGACAAAUACAAGGCAUAGAUGUGGCCUUCACUAAGUGGGGUCAUGUGUACCACACGCGGUACGACAGUCCGGAGUUGUUGAAAGCGGGUGUGGUACAGAAUGCGGGCAAUAUGUUGCUCAAUGUACUAAUAGCCGCCGCUGACAUGGACCUUGACGAAAAGGUGGAGCCAACUAAAAUGGUGUACUUGGACUACCUGAACAUGUUCAUGGUGUCUAUAAGUUAUCCAGCAUCUCAUAUAUUGGACGUGUUCGUAGCCAUGUUCGCAAUUCUCUCCGUCAUAUAUUACGUCUGGUUGGCGGGACCGAGAUGGUCGACAGUACAGGAAUUGUUGAUGGUGUUAAUGGGAAGGAUAGCCGCGUUAGUGGCGGGUUGUGUGGUCGUUGUGGUGGCCACGGCAGUCAUGGUGGCGAGCACCAUACAACUCAGAUAUCUGACUCAGCCGUGGUUAGUGGUGGCUGUGUAUUGGAUGCCGUACAUUAUCACUGGCAUCGCCAUCGCUCAUCUCUAUGACGCCUGGAGAACGAAGAAGAGUGGUUUGAAUCGUUCUAUCCGCGCGUUGCAAGCUAUGGCUGCCACCCGGCUUAUGCUAGCGUGUAUAUUGGCCGCCAUGGCCGCUGUGCCCGCUCUAACACCGCUGCGAUACGCACUAUCAGUGCCUCUGUUCAUAAUGUCUCUAACAUCCAUUAUAUCUAUCACCGUCGUCAGAUACUUCCGUUUGCAAGGUUACCAACAUCUUAUUCUGGAGUUCCUACUGUCUAUCCCGUCGGCGAUGUUUAUGUUUCUGCUUGCGUUGAGAUUGGACUCUAUAAUGUUACCGAUUAUGGGCAGAUCGUCGAGUCCUACUCCUGAUUAUACCGUAGCAGUCAUCAAUCUAGGGAUGGCAAUACUCGCGGGCGUUACUGUGUCGGGCGUCGAACUGUUAUUCUCCCGCCGCCAGCUUUGGGUUCCCUUGGGAGUAUUGGGAGGAUUGAGCGUGAUACUUAUGUUUAUACCGUUCAGUCCGUAUCAAGAUAACGGGCCUUCUACGCAGAGACAUCACUGGUUUCACUCUGAGAUAGUAUCUCACGACGCUAGUCAGUCAGUGAUAGAGCGUAACGCAGGUGUCCUGAUCACUAAACAUGAUCCUUACUCUACGUCGCGAGCACAAAUAGCACUAAAUACCGCGGGCGUACACCUGCACGCGCGAACUGACUUCGGCGCGGACUGUCAUACUGAAAUAUACUGUGGCCUGCCUCUCUACAGGAUAGCCUUCGGGAGGGUGCUGAGCCGGUCCGUGUUUAUGUACAGUAGCCCCCCCGCACCCCUUUCCCCUUCACCACACGCCGCCGCUACCAAGCAAUGUGAGGGAGAUGUCUGCAGAUAUAACUUCACCUUCACAGUGAGUCCGCACAACCUGAUUACUUUCCAUCCGCGCGACAACGUGACUGUGUCUCAGUGGUCGCUGAACACUCCCCUGAAACCAUCGUUCAAUGUGUCAGAUCGACCUGUAUACUUGAUCAUACACUCCGUCGCUACAUAUACACAGAACAUACCACCGCUCACGAUAUCUGUCGACGUACGGGCUCCAGCGUCGCUACAAUCAAGCCCCCUGUUGGAUGUAUCAUUACAUUCCCAUUUGAUCCACCACCCUGAAGCUUUCACCGCAGAAUACAGAAGUUUGUUGGCAGCCGCACCAAAAUACUUCAACAUAGCCACAUUCCUUAGCUUCAGGCAUAACUAUGUGUUCUAACUUAAGUAGCGUUAAGUUGUGUACUACUAUGGAGUGAUGAAAAUUCACCUUUAUAGAAUGAUUAUCUUUUUGUCUCAAAGAAACGUUUGUGUGUGUUUUAUCAGUAUAUCGCAU